AUGGAUUACGAGGCUCUCAAAGAGCAGUGGAGUGAAGUCGAAGAUCGGGACGGAGUUCGCCUUAGCUGGAAUGUGUUUCCCAGCUCGCGCAUGGAAGCCUCGAGGCUUGUAGUUCCUAUCGGAGCUCUCUACACGCCUUUGAAGGAGAAGUCGGACACUCCUCUCCUGCAAUUUGAGCCCGUGACCUGCAAGCAGCCCUGCCGAUCUGUUCUGAAUCCCUUCUGCCAAGUUGAUCUUCCACCGCACUACAAAGACAUCACGGCGAAUGCCAUUCCUCCCGAACUGCAUCCCGCGAACACCACCAUCGAAUACCGCCUAUCCCGACCCGCCCCUGCUCCGCCGAUCUUCCUUUAUGUCGUCGACCUGUGCCAAGAAGAGGAGGGGCUAUCCUCGCUGAAGGAGUCGCUGGUGAUGAGCCUGAGCCUGCUUCCAGAAAACGCCCUUGUUGGCCUCAUCACUUUCGGCGCCAUGGUUCAAGUGCAUGAAAUUGGUUACGAGGGAUGCGCCAAGUCGUACGUUUUUCGAGGCAGCAAGGAUUACACGGCCAAGCAGGUCCAAGAUAUGCUGGGCCUCUCUUCGCCCCAAGCAGAAUUCCAGCUCACGAAAGCGCUGGAGUCCCUCCAAAAGGACCCUUGGCCAACCGCCACUGACCGGCGAAACCUUCGAUGUACCGGUGUGGCUCUCAGUGUUGCCAUUGGUCUCAUGGAGUCGUCCUUCCAGAAUGCUGGUGGCCGUAUGAUGCUGUUCGCUGGCGGUCCGGCCACGGAAGGACCAGGUAUGGUCGUCGGAGCAGAACUCCGCGAGCCCAUUCGAUCGCAUCACGACAUUGACCGGGACAACGUCAAAUACUACAAGAAGGCUCUGAAGUUUUACGAUAACUUGGCUAAACGCACAGCUCACAAUGGGCAUAUCAUCGACAUCUUUGCUGGCUGCCUGGAUCAAGUUGGACUGCUGGAGAUGAAGGGCCUCUGCAACUCCACAGGUGGCCACAUGAUUCUGACCGAUAGCUUCACGUCCUCGAUGUUCAAACAGUCGUUCAUUCGUAUCUUUGAGAAGGACGGCGACGACAACCUCCUCAUGGGAUUCAAUGCCGUGCUUGAAGUGUUGACAACAAAGGAGCUGAAAGUGACAGGCCUCAUUGGGCACGCCGUCUCCCUCAACAAGAAGUCGGUCUCGGUUGGAGAGACAGAAUGUGGCAUUGGGAACACGUGUUCUUGGAAGAUGUGCGGCAUCGACCCAAAGGCCAGCUACGGCGUCUAUUUUGAGGUUGCCAGUCAGGGGCCCGCUUCCCACCAGCAAGCCCCGCAGAAAGGCAUGGCUCAAUUCUUGACGUACUAUCAGCAUUCCUCGGGUCAAUUUCACCUCCGAGUCACAACGAUAGCCCGAAAUCUGAGCGGACCUGCCGGAGACCCGGCCAUUGCGCAGUCGUUUGACCAAGAGGCGGCGGCGGUUCUCAUGUCGAGGAUUGCCGUCUUUAAGUCGGAGGUUGAUGAUGGCCCGGACGUCUUGCGAUGGGUGGACAGGAUGCUUAUCCGCCUCUGUUCGAGAUUCGCGGACUACCGAAAGGACGAUCCAUCCUCCUUUCGGUUGGAGAAGAACUUCACCCUUUACCCCCAGUUCAUGUUCCACCUCCGCCGAAGUCAGUUCCUGCAGGUUUUCAACAACUCGCCCGACGAAACCGCCUUUGAUCGCCAUGUGUUGAAUCAUGAGGACGUCAGCAACUCGUUGAUCAUGAUUCAGCCCACGCUGGAUUCGUACACAUUUGAUCAGGACGGAGGAAUACCUGUUCUCCUGGACUCUGCGUCUAUUCAGCCCACUCACAUUCUACUCUUGGAUACCUUCUUCCACAUCUUGAUCUUCCACGGCGAGACGGUUGCCGAAUGGCGAAAGGCUGGAUACCAAGACCAAGAAGGCUACGAGAACUUCGCUGCGCUGCUGGAGCAGCCUAAAGAGGAUGCUAGGGACCUCAUCACAGAUCGAUUUCCGCUGCCUCGAUUCAUCGUCUGCGAUGCCGGUGGAUCCCAGGCGAGAUUUCUGCUAUCAAAGCUGAAUCCCUCUACCACGCAUACGACAGGCCCCUAUGGUGGGUCUGGAGCCACUUCUGCACAGACAAUAUUCACAGACGACGUGUCCUUGCAGACUUUCAUGGAUCACUUGAUGAAGCUUGCCGUGAGCGGCACAAACUAA